AUGAGUGAGUUUGGGAGCCAUGGUGGGUUCUCUGCCACGAGUGGCGCCAGCGGCAGCCAUGACAGACCCUCUCAGGGCGGCACAGCUCCUGUUCUGAGGGCACCAAGAUCCAGGGCUCGAAUCGAGACCAUUAUACCUUGUUGCGUAAACCAGCUGCUCACAGCCACUCUGGUCGACAAUGUUUUCAAGGUUCGGGGAAUAGUGGUCUCCCAGGUUUCGAUCGUGGGGCUCAUCAGGAAGGCAGAGAGAGCGCCAAGCCACAUUCUUUACAAGAUCGAUGAUAUGACCACCAAGCCUAUGGAUGCCCGUCUCUGGCUUGGCAGAGGCAGAGCAAAGCAGGAGCUGACUCCCUGCCCCGUGGGAGUAUAUGCUAAAGUGUUCGGUAUCCUCAGAGGCUCUGAGGAGGUGAAGAUGCUUGAGGUGUUGCACAUCCGGGUCCUGGAAGACAUGAAUGAGUUCACCUCCCAUAUUCUGGAAACGGUCAACGCGCACAUGAUGCUGGCUAAAGCCCUGGAAGCGGCCCGUGGGCAAAGUGCACCUGCUACUCCAUCCUUGGUGGAUCAGGCUCCAGCCUAUGGCGAGCCCCGCCCCGAGUUAAUCCAGGAGGAGGUGCGGCGCUUGAUUCAUGAGUGUCCUCAACAGGAAGGCAAGAGCAUUCGAGAGCUCCAGACCGAGCUUGGCAGCCUGAGCAUCAAGGCCAUCAAGGAAGCCCUCGAAUAUCUGAUGGUCGAGGGCCACAUCUACCCCACUGUGGAUGGAGAGCAUUUUAAAUCUGCUGAUUGA